CCAGUCCACGCAAUCAUGAGCGACCGCAAGGGACUCUAUCGGCUGCGGCGGCUCUCGGAGCUCCUCGAUCACUCUGAUGAAGAGGACGACGACUCGUCGAUGGAUGUCGAUGUGCAUGUGCCUGCCUCCCAAGUGGUCGGCACGACGGACGUGAACGCCGUCGUGGACAACGAAGAGGAGCUGGACGCGUCGGUAUGCGUGGAAUGCCGACACCAAGCCGCCGAAGUGUUUUGCGAACAAUGCCACGACCAUUUCUGUCGCUUGUGCUACGGGGGUCAGCACCGCAAGGGGAAUCGCAAGACCCACACGUUCCAGCCCAUCCUUCAUUCCGCCAUCCCCUCCGCCGACAAGGACAAUGCUGUGGUGGCCGCUGCUCCUUCCUUGCAUGAAUCGUCUCGGCUUACCGAAGGUGAUGAUUCCAGCAGUAAUGACGAAGCGCACGACGACUCGUCCACGGUGGCAACGCCGUCGUCGCGUUAUUUUCGCGGGACCGCGUCAAGGAAAAGCAUUUGUAAUUUGAUGGGAUCGUUGUUCCUAGGCAGUAAGUCAACUUCGACGACAACGACCUCCUCGACGGACGCCCCGUCGUCGUCGUCGUCAUCUUCGUCCAUGCGGGACCGCGCCAAGUACAUCCCGCUGCGGUUGACGUACGAAGAACGAAAGCGUCUGCGCACGCUCGAAGCCGCGCUCAACGUGUGUCACUACACCGACAAGGUCGACGCCGCCAUGAACGCGCCGGCCAAGCGGACGCGCAUGCAGCUCCAAGAGAUCGCCGGGUUUCUCUCUGGGCUGGUCGUGUCCAUAGACUACACAGCGGGGCAGACGCUUCUGGACGAGAAGCAGUUUGAUCCGCUCGCGGGGUUCUUUGGCGAACUGUUUGAACUCGGCCGGCGGUACAAGAUCAUGAACCCUGAAAAAAUGCGCGGCGAGUACGGCAUCCUCAUGUACCUGCUCCAGGACGCCGUGUCGCCCGCCAUCCAGGACCUGCUCGGGUUCAGUCCGAUCCAGCCGCUCAAGACCGUGUACGCGCUGCUCGAGGCGCACGACUCGCUGGGGCUUCUUGACCAUCCGUUGAUCGAUGUGGCGACGAUGGUCGUAGCCCCAGACAACCGCAACAAGUCGCGCGCCAAGAUUCAGCAGCAGAUCAAAGCCAAGGACCAGGCGAUCCGCACCAUCACCCACCGCUUUGUCACGGCUACGCUGCGCGCGGACGACAUCCAACAGUGCCUGUACUCGAUAGCCGACAACAACUACCACUUGUACUUUGAGCGGGACCCGAUUGACCGCAUGAUUGCGCUGCUACGAACGCACUUUAGCCCUGACAUAACCAACGACGACUCGUUGUAUUCGUUGGCGAUCGUGUCGGGCAGCGACGGCGCCCGCCUGUCGCAUACGCAUACGCGGCAGUACCAUUACGUCCUCCAGUCGCUCACGUUGUGGCGCGAAAUCGCGCACGACAUGUUUCGCCUCUGGUGCCUCACGGACGAAGACCUGCUCAGCGGGUCGGUGGGGUACCAGCUCACCGACACGGGGCAGGGGCUGCACCGCAUCCAGCCGUCGCCCCUCAUCUCCCGCGCGAUGCACGUGCUGCUGCAUUCGACCCAGGCCAAGCUCGACCACUGGGUCGGCAGCUCCGUCAUCCAUUUAGGCGACAAGAACGUCCCGAACGCGCUCAUGUUUAUAGACAAGUACGCCCAAGUCGGGCACAUUCUCCGCCCCAUUGUCCGCACGUUGGACGAGAUCGACAAGCUCGUGGACACGUCGGCCGAGUUGCGCAGCUACGUCCAGACGUCGUUUGGCGGCCCCGAGACCCUCAAGAAGGACAUCCUCGUCGAUUUCUUCCGGGAAGCGUUCGACGGAAGCGGCGCCGACAACUUUUUCGACGCGGGGUCGUGCAUCGAUGGCCGGCUCACGAGCGCAUGGAACUGGUGCUCCCGCCUGCACGCGAAGCCGUUCUUUCCCAUAUUUAAACUCGCUGGGUUUGUUGGAUUUGACGGCAAGUUUGGGUAAUCGUACGAGCGGAUUGUGUGUAUUCGAAACUGGAUAAGCGACAGCAGAAUGGUGUAGCCAAUCAGAUUGCAGGAAACCAUCAUCAACAUCGAAUUAGUGUGAGACUUCAAUUAGUGUGGAACCAAGCACCUUACUUCACAGUAUAAAGAAUCGAUUUGGCGAUUCUCCAUCUAAAAUGUAUUAGUGUUA